GCAUGCACCUACCCAGAGUCAUGUAACAUAGAAUCGCAUUUGUAUCCUUCCACGUCAACGUCUCCAGAUGUCAAAUGAUCAACAAUACCCGAGAAGAUAAAUACGAAACGACGGUCCAAGAUCAGGGUUAGAAAGUGCCAAAUACCUUGGGGAAGAACGGCUUUUCAUUCCCAACCUGUCCGCUACAAUUGGAGAGCAAUCGGAGGCCAGGGUCUGGUGAAGGUGCGGGAAGGAUCGGAGUCCCAAGUGCCGUGCAUCCCGCGAGAGAACAGGUGACCCAGCCGCGACCCAGCACAAUGGCCAACCACAGACAUCACGAGCGGCCCGGCCCGGUGCAGACCAGUGCCGUCUACCUGCUCGGCCGGCCGGCCGGCCCGGUAGAGCGCCCGCCAUCACCACCCUCACCGGGCGGCACGCCCUUCUGCCCGCCCGCCCACCAGGAGCCGCCGCCGCUGCUCGACGGCGACAUCAUCCCGGCCCUUGGCACAAACUCGUCGCCACCGCCACCGCCAAUACCCCGCAGCGUCCCCGCCGCCGCCGCCGCCGCCUCCCCCAGAACCCUGGCCAGCCCCGUCGUCACGGCGCCGCCGUCGCCGUCGCUUCGGCCAGCAGGAUGGGGACCCGAGGCGACGGACCGCCUCGCCGGCGCCGUGCGCGUCCUCAACGCCGAGGCCGCAGCGCUGUCGUCCCUCGCGCGCCUCUACGCCACCGACGCGGCCGCGCGCGCGGCCUUUGACGCGGCCGCGUCGGCCGUGGCGCGCAGCCAGGGCCGGGGCGGGACGCUGGUGGUGAGCGGGGUCGGCAAGUCGGGCCACGUCGCGCGCAAGCUGGCCGCCACCUUUAGCUCGCUGUCGGUGCGCGCCGCCUUCAUGCACCCGACCGAGGCCCUGCACGGCGACCUGGGCCUGCUGGCGCCCCGGCGCGACGCCGCCCUGCUCGUCAGCUUUAGCGGCCGCACCUCGGAGCUGUGCGCCCUCGCCACCCACCUGGCGCCGGACCUGCCCGUCGUCGUCGUCACGGCCGCUCCCGACGGCGAGUGCGAGAUCGCGUCGCUGCUGCGGGGUGCCAGGGGGAGGGUAAGGAGGGGCGGCGGUAGCGGUGGCGGGAGCGCGGCCGCGUCGGGCGCUUCUUCUGUCGUCGGGGGAGCAGUGAGGGCCGGGUACGAGUUCGAUGGGGGGCCCGACGCUGUAGACGGCAGCAGAGCAUGGGCCGUGUCGUCCGGUGACGAGGACAUGGGAGACGGGGCGGCGCACGGCGCGCCCGUGGUGGUGCUGCCGGCCCCGAUCCCCGUCUCCGAGGUUGACUGCCUGGGCAUAGCCGCGCCGACGGCCAGCACGACGGUGGCCUUGGCGCUCGGAGACGCCCUGGCCGUUGUCGUGGGGCGCGAGCUCCACGGCGGCGUUGAGGGGGUGGCAUCCGUGUUUGCGAAAAACCACCCCGGAGGCGCCAUCGGCGCGGCCAUGUCUGCUUCCAGGGGGACGCCGUCACCGUCGACAUUUAACGACAGUCGGCCCGACACGCCAGGCUCAGAGCUUGGUCGUUAAGACAGCCCUCGGAAUAGGAAACACUGUUCACUUUUCGCCUGCUGCAACCAUGGCAUCUCCACUUCUUCCAAUACUUCGGAUCAACCUAAUAGAAGAACACCUACUUAUCUGAUACAUGCAGAGAUCGAGCUCCCC